GGAGAUCGAGUCGGGAGCAUACGCGGCGCAUGAGUCAUCGAUAUAUUCGUUCCGCUGAGCGAAACUUCCUCGUAAACUUCGUCCGACACGAUCGUACUUGUGCUGUAGGUCUCGAGAACAGAAACGGGAUCCGUGAAAUUUCGAUGAUUCUGGACGUUGCACAAUUGGACUUUUCAUCCGAAUCUCGCGGAGGGAAACCGGUUAUCGCGUCAGAUCCAUGCGAGAAUCUCGGAACACGUCUGAAGAGAGAAAGAGAGACGAUCGUGCACGCUGACUCACGUUGACAGACGUCACGCAUGUUUGAGAGUCGUGAAAUUCUUUGCUCGGCUGGCACGCGCGUCUAUUUUCUAGCGAUACUUCGCAGUCUCGUUUCAAAGUUUGCCUUAGCUCUGACGUAAUCGCGAAUCCGGAGUGAUCCCGACGAAAGAAAUGCAAGUCCUUGUUCUUAGUUCGUUCGCAGUCGUAAUUGGGAGCUAUACAAGUGGACAGGAGUAUGUAAAGAGUGUGACCCCAUAAACACCCAUAAACAUUUCGUCUAAUUUUGAAGCCCUCAAUAAACAAUUUUUUGCAUAUAAUCAAAGCUCACGUCGAGUUCUUUUUCUUCUACAUUAAACCUCUUAUUGUUUUCACGAAAAAUGGUCCAGAAGAGAGUCAAUUUCAACAGAUAGCACCAUGGAAAUAAAGACAAGUAUCAACUGACAUUGUCCGUCCUUUAUGAACGGAAAAAAUCUGUCCUUAAAAGACAUCCCUCACCCUGAGAGAAAAAAAUAGUUGAUCUAACUAGAUUUAUAGUUAUUUUCGGCCUCAACCAUAUUUUUUGGUUGUUCUAACACGCUAAUAGUAGAAGUAACAUGGAUACAAGGUUAUUAUCACUAAUAUUAUAGUAGACUUUAAUAAAAAAUAGUUUUCUCGGUCAUAAUUUAUAAUAAUCAAUUUUUUCUGCGAUUAUAGUUACGAAUACCAAAUACUUUUUUCUCAAUGUAGUUUGGACGUGAAGGCGUUAUCAGAUCGAAAUCACGCUGAGUUUAAGUCAGUCUUGAAAUUGGGACAUUUUUAUUUUUUUCAUUUUUUUUUGGGCCAUUUUGCUCGAGAACGGUAAGAUAUACAUUGGACUCGAUGUAAGCUUUAAACGUAUACAAAACAAGUUGUCAUUAUCGAGAGCUCUUAAAUCAGAUAAAACUUGAAUGUCCUCUUUGGCAACAACUUUACUGCUCGAUCUGGUUGCAUUCCUCAUGAGUCCCACAUAGUUAAAUAUAUAUUACAUUCACGCAAAUGUUAUUUGUUGCAAUUUUCUAAAAGUUCAUAUAUCCGAAAAUCUAUUAUAAAUUUAUUAUAAGCAUCAAAUUGAUUCAAAAUAAACUCUGAAUUUAGUAAGUUUGGCAUUUCAAUUAGGAGAAUAUUAAAUUAAAGCAAAAAUUCGGUUUGCUUAUUUUUUACAUAGAAUCGAAUCAAAUUUUUCUUUAAUAAAGUUUCACGAUAUUCUUAUAAAUAGAAUAAAUUCUUCUUUUGAAUAUAUAAUAAUAAUAAGUUUUUUAACUUAUGAUGAGUAUAUUUUUAAGACCAUUGUCAAGAAGUGAUUCUUCGUUGAAAACAACAAUCACUUGACAGAAAGAAAAUAAAUAAUUACUUAUCUUAGCAGCUUAAAAUAAUAUGUUUCUGUGUGUAUAUGGUACUCAUAUUUAUCAGAAUAUAAAUUCAAAAUAUGGAAUAUAUAACAUCAGAAUGUAAAAUAUUUAUCAGAAUUAUAGAAUGACGUGUAAAAUAGAAAUACGAAAAGAAAUCAGAUAAACUUUCAUAAUUAUCACGACGCGAGAGAAUCGGUGAUGGAAAUAUUCUUGCAAUUUCUCUUAAUAUAUUUAUUUUAUUUAUGAAGCAAAUAUGUUGUACUCAAUUAGUCAAUAAAUUUAUAUUAUACAAUAAUGUAAAUUUUUUGCUAUAUCGAUGCAGUAACAAAUUUAUAUCACAUAUUGUUUUAAGUAAAUUUUGAUAAUUUGUUUCGUAUUUGUAUGCCGUUAUUCUAUACGAUAGAUAUGAGUACCAUAUGAACUUUGACACUAUAAUGACACUAAUCUGAGAACCAUGUAAAUAACAUACUGGACAAGUUGUAUAAAAAAUUUCAUUUCAUUAUCGCCAAUAGAUACCUCGAGUUACGGGAGAGCAUAUGAACAAACAAAGAUACAUGCAGAACAAACUGAGAACUUCCUUUGUUUAAAAUCGUUUAAUUGCUAAAAGCAAUGCAAUGUAACAUGAGAAGCUGAGUGUAGCUUUUAAUAAGUUUCAAGCUACAUCAAUAUAACACACAAAAAAUUCCUGUAUGAUAUAAAUAUAAUGAUUAAUUCAAUACAGUAUAUUUGCCUCUCAAUGUCAUUUGUUGCAAUUUUCUAAAAGUUCAUAUAUCCGAAAAUCUAUUAUAAAUUUAUUAUAAGCAUCAAAUUGAUUCAAAAUAAACUCUGAAUUUAGUAAGUCUGGCAUUUCAAUUAGGAGAAUAUUAAAUUAAAGCAAAAAUUCGGUUUGCUUAUUUUUAUCGCCAAUAGAUACCUCAAGUUAUGGGAGAGCAUACGAACAAACAAAGAUACAUGCAGAACAAACUGAGAACUUCCUUUGUUUAAAAUCGGCUAAAAGCAAUGCAAAAUGUAACAUGAAAAGCUGAGUGUAGCUUUUAAUUAGUUUCAAGCUACAUCAAUAUAACACACAACAAAUUCCUGUAUGACAUAAAUAUAAUGAUUAAUUCAAUACAGUAUAUUUGCCUCUUAUAAAUGUAAUCAGAAAAGAUUGUGGGGUUUCCGCGAUUGUUUCGUGAUAAUCAUGAAAGUCUGUCUGGGUAUCUCUUUAAUCUAGAGAAAAAGAAAUCAGUAUUUUACGAUCUCGCACAAGACGUGAUCGAGAAGACGUCAUUGGCUAACGCAAUUGCGGGCCGAAAUUAUACGAAUGGCUCGUUGCGCGCGUCAUAUUCCACGAUAUCUCGAACGUCCGUUGCGUCAGUCGGCAGAGCUCGUCGCCAGCCAGCCAGCCAGCCAGCCAGCAUCGUUUGUUAGUAUGCGUUUCGUAAAUGGCCUUCGGCGCCCAUCGUAAUUUCGUCGAUACUUACUGCGAAGAGGGUCUCGACGAGUGAACGGCCGCGAGUGCGCCGAGUGCGCGUAACACGAAGCAUCGCGACUCCUCUGUGCAUUUCGACUGUCAGUCACAACUGUUUGAGUCACGUCGACGAGUUCGGGCGUGUUGCUUUUGUUCGCGAUCUUUGGUGAAAUUAGAGCGGAACAGUUUCGCCGUGGCUUUGGCGGAUUGGCGCGGCUGGGCAACGUCGCGAGCCUGCAGCCGCAGCGAAACGCAGCGAGAGAGCUGGUCGUCUCUGGAUCAUAAGUAGACCCCGGUCGAGAUAGAUCGAAAAUUACCGCGCUUUCGUUCGACACACCGGCGGCGAAUCGGCCGUUCCACAACGCCGCGGGAGAUGCGCGCGUACGAGUCGACGACCUUCGCGAAACGAUGCGGAUGACAAAAACUGCUCGCGGUAUCGCGUUGUAUUUGGUGCGGUGACGUCCUGGUUCCCGCGAACUGCGCCGUAUUCGUGACGGACGUAUUCGCCACCAGCACAUCGUGCGGGAACGCGCGUGUGAGCGUAGCAGUGCGAACUCGAGGCGAAAGUCAACGGGGGGACGUUUUGUCACGGCUUAUCAUCGGCAUCCAGCAGCAUGGAUUACCGGCUCCUGUCGAACAACAACAACAACAACAACAAUUAUCCCACGCACCACCAUUGGUUCCCCAAGAUGUGCUCCUGCAUCGACGGCAGCUCCACGCUGCCAGGCAAUCGACCCUCCGGCCAAGUCGGAAGUUACGAACGGCUCGGUUCCGGCCCUACAAUUUUCGAGCUUAGCAGCACGAUGCAAAGGACUCGAAGAAGAAACCAGCAUCGUGAACAAGACUUGCUGGACAGCGAAAGACAGGAAGAAUUGCGGUUCUACAACGGUGAUCACACUUGGACCACCGUGGUCGUGGAGAAGAAUCUGCGAACGAUCGACUUGUGUGAGCUACUUAAAGUCAAGAGGAACGCGAUUGGCUCUGCCUGGUCGAUAAUCGAGACAUGGCCAGAACUGGGAAUUGAACGUACAUUAGAAGACCAUGAAGACAUUCUCGCAGUUCAUAGAGAACUGGAAAUGUUCGCCUCAGGCCACGAGAGGCGGUUCUAUUUCAGCGAGGAUUUCCUGAAGUACGAGCUGUUCAUCAAUCCUAAGCAAUUCUUUCCUGCCGACAUGGUCGUAUUUCCCAGUGGUGAAGACAGGGGCAUCUUCAGUAAUGUCGAAACCGCGCUAAGGAAUUAUCUGUCACGAGAGGAUGGCGAGUGCCCGCAGGUAUUCAGUCUGGUGUGGAUGCGACACGAGGGCUCCAACACCUGGAAGAAGACGUACAUGUUGCUGCAAGGCCGGAAGCUCUACACGUCGAAAAAAGUGAGUCCGUUUAGUGCAUUUCAGAAUCGUCUACCUUGAAGGUGACGCGAAACUUUCAUCUCGCAUUUAAUUCGUCGCGUGUAAGAUUUUUAUAUUUAUUCAUUCAUUUAUACAGGAAUAUACCUGUUAGGAUACAGAAUUGAUGCAUGUAAGGUUUCUAAGAAAUUAUAAUAUAGCAUAAUAUAAUAUGAACUGCGAAUUAUAAAUAUAUAGGGAAGAAGGUGAUAAUAUUGACCACUUUUUAAAAUUUAAUUUUAUUAUUAUAAUCGACACUACUUAACACUAAUAUGUUAGAUUUAUCGAUUACGCCAGGACAGAAAUGUUUGAAUCUUGUAAAAAAUUUUAACAAGAAGAAAAAGCAACUUCUCUUAACAUUGUAAACAACGUGGUAAACAAACUCUAAACCACUCAGGCGGUCGAUAAGAGCCCUGAUGGUGAUGUUUAUUCCAGUUAUCGAUAAAUCACAGCAGUUGCUUAAAAAAAAAUCAAUUUUGCUUCAUAUUAUCAUUCUAUUUUAUACUCAGUUUUUCCUUUACGGGAUAGAUAUAAGGAAAAAGAAAACGCAAUUGUUACGCAUCGGUAAGCAAUCAGUAACUCGCUUACGGAUUUUGAGAAUUUAGUAAUAGUGCCAUUAAAAUAAUCAAUGAAUAAACAAUAUAAGUUUGCUCUAUGAUGCAACGUGUAUGAUUAAUUGAGUGAAUACUGAUAUUAUGUUUAUACAGUACAGUGUGAAAUAAGUCGGCUUUCCUCAAAAUUCUCGCUAGUAUAUGCAAUCUGACUCUUUUUUUUCUGACAUGUAAGGAUAGCUUAUAUAAGGUGUCCCAGAUUCUUCUCCGCAAUUUUUUUGGGAACGUAGAACGGAUUGAAGUGAACAUAAAAGUUGUAUACUGUUUUACGAUAUUCGCAAAAUAAUAGUCGAGAUAUUAAUUAAAGAAGAUUACUGAAUGAUCACACGCGACAAUUGUAUGCUGUUAUAUGUUUGUACAUUAGAUUAAGUUGAACAAAAAGCUUUUUAUCAUUUUACAAAUAACUACGUAGGUUUUUAAUUAUUAAUGGAAGAAAAUUGUUACAUGAUUGCGAUAAUGCAAAUUUUCUUAAAAUAAUAUCUAAAAAUC